CCAGGAACAAUUCAAGACGUUCAUGCUGCACUGGACGCAUCUGUCGAGGACUAGCUGUCUGCAGAUUCAUGCAAAAACAUGGCUGCUGCUUUGUCUGAGGAGCAGUUUCGGUGCACCAUCUGUCUGGACAGCUUCAAAAAUCCCGUCUCCAUCCCAUGUGGACACAACUACUGCCUGGAAUGCAUCAAACGCUACUGGGACACAAAACGUAAGUCGGACUGUCCACUCUGCAAAGAGACCUUCAAACCCCGUCCGGACCUCCGGGUCAAUGUGGGCUUGAAAGACAUCACGGACCAAUUUAAAAGGUCCCUGAAGGGCAGACCUGCGUCCAAGCCAGUGCCACCAAAGCGAGCGCCCCAGAGGCAGUCGUCCAGGUCUGACGUGGUUCCCUGUGACUUGUGCGAUGAACACACGGUAGCAGCAGUCAUGUCGUGCCUCGUCUGCCAGACGUCUUAUUGCAGUUUUCACCUGACGCCUCACCAGAGGGAUACAGUGCUGUUGAAGCACCAGCUGACGGAUCCGGCCGACUUCGCCACCAGCCACCUCUGCAAAAACCACAACAAGCAGCUGGAGAUGUUCUGCAAGACCGAUCAGAUCCCUGUUUGUCUGAAAUGCACAGAGAGGGACCAUAAGUACCAUGAGACCGUCCCCAUGGAGAAGGAGAGCAAGAGGAUCAAGACUCAGCUGAAGAAAACCGAAGCAGAGUUUGAACAGAUGAUCCAGGCUCGAAUCAGAAAGACUGAGGAGAUCAAGCAUGCACUGGAGAUGAGCCAAAUACAGAAGGAAAAAGAGAUCCAGACAAGUGUCCAGGUGUUCACGAUGGUGAUCAGCGCCAUCGAGAGGAACCAGGCUUUGCUCAUCGAGGAGAUCGAGGAGAAGCAGGAGGCCGUCGAGAGGAAGGCGGAGGAGCUUCUGAAUAAGCUCAAGCAGGAAAUCAGUGAGCUGCAGCGGACACGCAGUGAGCUGCAAUCACUGGAGCGCACCAGGGACCCUGUUCAUCUGCUGCAGAGCUCUGCACGUCUCAGUGCUGCGCCGCCCAUCAGGGACUGGUCCGAGGUCAGAGUCCAGUCGUUCGUUUACAUCGGAACGGUGAGGAGAGCUUUCUCCAAGCUGCUGGACAUCUGCAAUGAACUUGACAAGAAACUAUCCACAGAAGAAGUAAGCAGUGUGAAUAAAUAUGCAGUGGAUGUAACUCUGGACCCUGAGACGGCUGCAGGAUGGCUGGUUCUGUCCUCGGAUGGUAAAAAGGUGAGCCUCAGCUCCCAUCAGAGGAGACUCUCGUUUCACGAUGACCCCCGCAGGUUCGACUCCUGCGUCUCCGUUCUGGGGAAGCAAAGCUUCACCUCCGGGAGACACUACUGGGUGGUUCAGGUUGGGGAUAAAACGGACUGGGAUCUCGGCGUGGCCCGGGAGUCCAUCAACAGAAAAGGCGCCAUCACGGUGCGUCCCGACAGCGGCUACUGGGCCAUCUGCCGGAGGAAGAGCGGCCCUCUGAGCGCCUGCACCGGCCCCUCCGUCACCCUCCACCUCCAGCAGACUCCUCAGAAGGUCGGCAUCUUCCUGGACUACGAGGAAGGAUCGGUGUCCUUCUACAACGCAGAAGCAAAGACUCACAUUUACACGUACAGCCAGUGUAACUUCACCGAGCCUCUGUACCCGUACCUAAACCCCUGUCUCCAUGACAACGGGAGGAACACGGCACCGCUGGUCAUCUGUCCGGUUGAGCAGCUCACUGUGGACGCUGUAGCAUUAUGAAUCCAGGACACAUGAUCAGAUGUUAAUGGCAUGCACGCCACGAAAACAAGGGCUCGAUUUACACUCUGAUUAGCUGAUCUGGAGACGGACGUUUGGUGUAGCUGAACACAGACAUGUCUGGGAUCAGAAUGUGUUUGGAUCUGCCAGACAGACAAAACAAGAACAGAUAUUAACCACACUGUAAAAAAGAAAUAAAUAGAGUCGU